CGCACCUGCAGGCGUCUUUGCGGAGUCUGCACCGCCCAAUGAAGCGAUCUGCAAUGCGUCCACAACUCGACCCUUCAACGAUUUAAGCUUCUUCUACGCGAUCUAUGAUGGGCGUUUCCCAAUCUCGCAAUGCCUCGGUUGAGAACCAGUCAGCACUAACCACAUGAUGGCUUUGCACAACCUAGACUGUUUUUCUCCUGCUAUGUUGGCUGAUAUUUCACGUCAGAUAAUUCACUUUUAACAAUUGACAUUACUAUCGCACGAGACAACGCUUCACGACAAGACUUGAACCUGGACUGGUACGAAUUUGUUGGAACUGUCAACGAAAUUCUUUCAUGUGAAUCUCGCUCAAAACACUGUUGUUAUAAAUUCAGGGCAUCAUUACGAGAAAAAAACCCCCCUGGACCUCAGUAUCUCAUCAAUUCAAUACAUACAUAAUCAAGACUUAGCUCGCCACUAUGCCAGGAGAUAUCCCGCGCUACAAUGUAGCGCACAAAAUAGGGCGGUCACCAGCUCUCGACUUCUCAACAACCUUCCAGAUCGAUCCUUCCCACGUGAAAGACAAAACAAUCGUCAUCACCGGAGGAGCAUCCGGCUUUGGUGCUGGUUUUGCCAGAAAGUGGGCAUCAUACGGCGCCAAUAUUAUCAUAGGCGACAUCAGCGUUCCCGCCGGUGAAGCCAUCGUAGCCGAACUACGUCAGAAGACGAACAACAAAAAUCACCAUUUCAUUCGCCUAGAUGUUACCUCGUGGAACUCCCAGGUUAUUUUCUUUCGCCAAGCAGCUCAGCUCAGCCCCCAUGGCGGGAUCGACACUGUAGUCGUCAACGCAGGAAUCAAUAACUCGGAAGAGCAGAACCAAUUUGAGAAUCCUACGAAUGUGGAUUAUCUGAACGACCCGUCUCCUCCGCCACCGACGAUGGCAACCAUUGAUGUGAAUCUCACAGGAGCAUUGUACACCACACAUUUGGGUAUAUGGUAUCUGGAGCGAAACCCGAAUUCAGGGUCUUUGUCUGUGGGCGGACGGGAUAGACACUUGCUACUGCUGGGCUCAGUAGCUAGCCUAUUCCCAAUAAUCACUCAGCCAUACUACGCAGUCUCGAAACAUGGUAUCCUCGCUCUGUUCCGAUGCUUGCGAGCUGGGUCGUUUGUUGUACACGGCAUUCGUGUGAAUCUGAUCUGCCCGUAUUUCAUCGACACACCCAUUGUUCCACCGGCCGGAAAGCUGAUUCUUGCUGGUGGCGCAACAGGAGUUGUAGAAGAUGUAGUUCAAGCUGCAAGUCUAUUUGUCUCACGCCCUGAUAUUAUCGGACGCGCAGUCGUUGUUGGCCCAAAGGUCAAAAUUCGUGUUCCCACAGACUCAGAAGGCAAAGCAUCCAUCAUUGGUGCAGCUGGUGUUCCUCAAAUUGAAAAUUCCUUCGAGGUUAUCGAUCCUGAGAGGAAGGCCAAAAUUCAAGAAGGUCCCGACGGGGUGGUGCAAGAACGAGCGAUAUGGGAGUUUUAUGCAGAGGAUUUCGAGGAUGUCGAUCUCUUCACGAAGCGGAUGGUGACUAUAUUGAAUGCUUUUGGGGCGGCAAAAGGAUGGGUUGGGUUUUUCAGAGAUGUCGCUGGUGCAGUUGGUUCAGGUGUGUCAAAAUUGGUCUUUGGAAGAUAGUUGGACUGUCUACUUCAUGUGACCAUGUGACCUUCCAAACCCUAGCUACGAGCACUGUGACUUUCUCCGCCGUUAAUGCUAGGAUAGUAGUAAUAUUGAUCAAAAAUGGAAAUAAUAUAUUAAUCAUAAUA